AUUUUUCUUCGUAAUCAAACCAAGUCUUUUUCUCCGUCGUACCCCGGUAGUUCUCAUUUCAUGGCGCUCUGUACACCCGGUGGUUGUCACCUCCUGACGCCCCAAAUUAGGGUUUUCCCGUCUACUCUCUCUCCUCUCCCUGCUCAAUUACCCCUCUUUCACAAGCCAAAUUCCAAAAUUCUUAAAUUAACGAACUCAACCAUUGCAACUCCUCGAGCUUCAAUGGCGAACGACAAUGGCUCUCCUUCCAUUUCCGCCUCCCAAUACACCGGUCGAAUUGGGAAGGUGAAGAGAGUAACUAAAGAGACAAAUGUGUUUGUGAAGAUAAAUUUGGAUGGUAAGGGGGUUGCUGAUAGCAGCACUUCAGUCCCUUUCCUGGAUCAUAUGUUGGAUCAAUUAGCUUCACAUGGGCUAUUUGAUGUACAUGUCAGAGCUACUGGUGAUAUUCAUAUCGAUGAUCAUCACACUAAUGAGGAUAUUGCCCUUGCCCUUGGAACGGCUUUGCUACAAGCUCUUGGUGACAGAAAGGGAAUCAAUAGAUUUGGAGACUUUUCUGCUCCUCUAGAUGAAGCUCUGAUUCAUGUCUCACUGGAUUUAUCUGGAAGACCCCACUUGAGCUAUGAUCUACAAUUCCCUACUGAAAGGGUUGGAACAUAUGAUACACAGCUUGUGGAGCACUUUUUCCAGUCUUUGGUGAAUACUUCUGGCAUGACGCUUCACAUUCGGCAGCUUGCCGGGAAAAAUUCUCACCACAUUAUUGAGGCAACUUUCAAGGCUUUUGCCAGGGCUCUCAGGCAGGCUACAGAAUAUGACCAUCGCCGUGCAGGGACAGUGCCCAGUUCAAAAGGGGUCUUAUCACGUGCUUGAUGACAAGUUCAUCCUAAUAAGUAUGCCUACGGCUAGUGUUCUAUCCAAGUGUCGCCUGAAUAAAAUAUUUGGUGGUUCAGACAGAUCAUAUGUCGCUUGAGUUUAAAGUGUCCGGUAAGGAUGCUGCAUCUGUCAAUAAUGGCUGUUGGACUUCAAAGCAAAGGCCAGGAUCCAGAAUCUGAAGAGAACACUAGAGCUAAUUCUUUUUAUGUGACCUGUGCAACUUUCAUAGAAGUUGAUACUUAAAAUCAGUACACAUGUCUGUAGAAUUGUAUCUGAAUUUAUGCCCUCAAACUGAACUGGGCUUCAUGUAUUGUAUCAGUAUAUAGCAAGCUGACCUCAGUUCAUCUCUGUUUUGAUUUAUAA